CCCUCACCCCACCCCACCCCACCCCACCCCAAAUCCAUAUUUGGGUCGACCACCACACACAACUGUAGAUACCCUAACACACACUAUCACAAAGAAUUGACUGUAAUCUUUGUAUAUUCAUGUGCAUAUAUAGAAUAAUGAGGUGUAUUCAGGCACACGUUUUCACAACAAAGCUGUAGUUGAACAAUCGAUAGUGACUGCGUAGAUUUUGCCCUAAUUGUAAGCAACCCAUAUUCGCUCCUUUCCCAAUUACAGAUCACGUACUCCCCCUGCACGUAUAUCCAUAUUCAUCUCAGGACGAAGAAAGGAUAUAGAAGAAAAGGAAGAUGAAUGAGAAUAAAGGGUUUCAGUUGGGGACGGUAGGGGCGCUUACUCUGUCGGUGGUUUCGUCGGUUUCAAUUGUGAUUUGUAAUAAAGCGCUUAUGAGCAAUUUACAUUUCAUUUUCGCUACAACUCUGACGAGCUGGCAUCUGCUGGUUACUUUUUGCUCUCUUCAUGUGGCACUAUCCAUGAAAUUCUUUGAGCACAAACCAAUAGAAUUACAAACUGUAAUUGGGUUUGGCAUCUUAAAUGGAAUUUCAAUUGGAUUGUUAAACCUCAGCUUAGGUUUCAAUUCAGUUGGUUUCUAUCAGAUGACGAAGUUGGCAAUUAUCCCAUGCACAGUGCUCUUGGAAACCCUUUUCUUAAGCAAAACAUUCAGUAAGAGCAUUAAGCUUUCUCUGGCCAUUCUGCUUCUAGGUGUUGGAAUUGCAACAGUUACUGAUCUGCAGCUGAAUAUCCUGGGAUCUUUUCUCUCUCUCCUUGCAGUUGUUACUACCUGUGUUGCUCAAAUUAUGACCAAUACCAUCCAAAAGAGAUAUAAGAUUUCUUCGACCCAACUCCUGUAUCAGUCUUGUCUUUAUCAAGCAGUCACCUUGCUUAUCUCGGGUCCAUUUCUGGAUAGGCUUUUGACUAACCAAAAUGUUUUUUCCUUUGAGUAUACACCACGAGUUGUGGUUUUUAUUGUACUAUCCUGUCUGAUUUCAAUCUCGGUAAAUUUUAGCACAUUCCUUGUGAUAGGAAAGACAUCUCCUGUCACCUAUCAAGUCCUUGGGCAUCUGAAAACUUGUUUAGUAUUAGCAUUUGGUUAUGUUUUGCUUCGUGAUCCAUUUAGCUGGAGGAACAUUUUUGGAAUAAUGGUGGCAUUGGUUGGGAUGAUUCUAUAUUCAUAUUAUUGCACUCAAGAAAGUCAGUCAAAAGCUGAAGAAGCAUCAGCUCAGGGUCAGCUAAAGGAAGCUGAAACCGAUCCUCUUUUACAUGUUGAGACUGGUACCAUGAAGUUAAACGAACUUCCUGUCUCAAAGGGCACAGUUUGGGAUGCAAACAAGGAUUUGCGUGCAUGAAAAAUUGUAUUUUUGGUACAAUUAGGUGUGCAAUUUUCUAGACUUCAACUGUGUGCAGCAUGCAAGGGCAAGUUCAAGAUGAAGAUAAAAGCUCUCAGUUUCAAAGCAUUGGCAUCAAGGAGUACUCUUCUAUUCCCUGUGCUAAUAUAAAUGCUAACACUCUCUCGUCAGAUCUUUUAGUUGACAGUGUUACUUAUUCUGAUGAAAAUAAGAAAUAUUUCUUACUCAGAUAGUUUUUUUGUAUAUUAGUCUUUUGUCAUUAACUCAAUGAAAAACUUCAGAUUUUACGCA